AUGGAUUCCGUUGAGCUCGAUCAGACGCCCUUUGCGGCAGUCUCUGCGCAGACAUCCAGAUUAUCAAGACAAUACCAAGCCAUCCUCGACCAGUCAACACCAUAUGUACUUUACAGAUGGAUCGGAACUGGCAUCACACUCGUGCUCUUCUUCACCCGCAUCUUCGUGGCACAAGGCUGGUACAUUGUCGCCUAUGCGCUGGGGAUUUACCUGCUUAAUCUCUUCCUCGCUUUCCUGCAGCCCAAGUUCGACCCCUCAAAUGAAGCUCUGGACAAUGACAUGGAGGACGGCGCAGUCGGAGGUCUGCCGACGAAGCAGGACGAGGAGUUCCGCCCAUUCAUCCGCCGCCUGCCCGAGUUUAAGUUCUGGCACGCGGCUACCCGUGCUAUCGUCAUUGGCUUUCUCUGCAGUUGGUUCGAGGUCUUCAACGUGCCCGUCUUCUGGCCCGUGCUGGUCAUGUACUGGUUCAUCCUGUUCUUCCUGACAAUGCGUAAGCAAAUCCAGCACAUGAUCAAGUACCGCUACGUACCUUUUUCGUUUGGAAAGGCUCGCUAUGCCAAAAACAGUUCAUGA